AUGCUUAUCUGGAAGACCUUGGUUUCCUUUGAAACAUCGCGGCUGGGCACUUUUGCCAAUUACAAGGGGCGGGCGCUUAUCGGAGCCUUCCAUGUUGGCGCACAGCAGCACGACACACCCGAAGCGAGUGCCUUCUGGAUGGAGUCUUUGUUCUUCAGCACCGUGGACACCAAGGCAGCAGCGCGAUGGGCUCGCUACGCAGCAGCAGCUCGGGCUCGACGCCAUGACCCUGCGGUGAGAGCCCGGGAGGCCGAAGCGAAGAGGGCUCACCGUCAAGCAAACCCGGAGGUGCAGGCCAGCGAAGCACGCCAUCAAGUGGACCCUGCGUUGAGAUGUCGCAAAGCAGAAGCAGAACGGAAGCGGCGGCAAGAGAACCCCGAAGAAGUGCGGGUGCGUGAUGUCGCGGCUAAGCGUCAAAAGCAGUCGCUACCUGAGGUUGGUGGCGCCGACACGCACCUCAAGCGCGAUUUCCUCGACCACAUGUUCGGCCACAGCUGCAAGGUAUGCGACCGCUUGUGGUUCGACAAUAGCAUGACCAUAAUCGCAAGCAUCCGCAACGAGCAGUCCUGCGCCAACGCCGUGGCAGUCCUUCAAAGAGAGUUCCCUGUCGCUGCCACGUCAUCGGCCCCGCCAACAGACUGCAGUAUGUACAGAGUUUGCUCUGCGUGUAAAGGUGCUCUGGUGGCGGGAAAAGUUCCUGCGAUGAGUGUUAUGCACAAGUACCGAUAUCCUCCCCAGCCCUCUCACCUGCCUGCUCUCAACCCCAUUGAAGAACGCCUGAUAGCUCCAUGUCUGCCAUUUAUGAGCAUCAGGCGUUUGACUCACGGCAGCGGCCAGUACGGCAUAAAGGGGCAGGUGGUUAACGUGCCGAUCGACUGGCCAAGACUGGAUUGCCUGCCGCGGAACGUGCCCGCCGCCGCCGCCUUUGACGUACACAUCAAGCGCCGGCUCCUUAACAAGCCUUCCUACAGAAAAGGUCUCGUCAAGAAACGCCACGUGCAUGCCUGGCUCAAACAUCUCGAACAGUCACCAUUAUGCAAAUACCUUAAAAUCAAGAUCGACUGGAGCCGCCUCGUGGCACAAGAGGAAGACGACGGGAAGGUCAACGAUGACGAGAUCGAGCCGGCGCCUAAAGUCACCGACCUUGACGAUCCUUUACAGGCUGCCAUCGCACUCAACCUCAUGAGUCACACGAUGUUCAUUGACGAUGCAGCCAUUGUGAACACGAAGAGGGACGACUUCAUUGGCGGCGCCGAAGAACAACAACAACAACAACAGCUGUGCGGGUUAAUGACAGGCUUGCGCAGUCUCCAUCUGGCACCCGGCGAAGGUCAAACGCCAAUCUCGCUGCUCUUUGACGAGUACGCCGAAGAGCUGUCCUUCCUACAAAUCUACCUAGGCGUACCUCGUCAAAUCACCGGGCCUCGACCGACACCGUUUGCCAAGGCGAGCAGCGAGAUCCACUGGACCGAUCAUCGUGGAGUCGGACCGGAGCACGUGCUCUACAUGGCCAUGAAAGUGAUGAGGCACAACGUUGCUGAGAAGACCAUGACGUUCAAGACCAACGCCGCCACCAGCGCAUCCAUGCGGCAGCAGUUCGAGACGGGUUGA